AUGGCAACGCCAACGCGUCGUUCGUCUCGACAAACGACGCCACAAAAAUCAACGCAACAAAACAACAACGCUCCAAAAUCAUCGUCGAAAAAGAAAACAUCUAAAGCGGACGAGUUGUUCGACGACGUCGCGAAAGAGAGUCCUUCGAGAAGAACGAGAAGCGCGACGACGAGAAGCGCGAGCGCGACGCCGGUGAAGGAGAAAAAGACGACGACGACGACGCCAAACAAGAAGAAGAAGAAAAUUGGUGGUGUUUCGCCUUCACAGAAGAAGAAGAGUCCUGCUGCUGCGGCAAAAACGACUCCAACAAAGAAGAAACGAGGAGGGAGAAGUCCGAGCGUGACGCCGAGCAAGAAGAAAAAGACGACGGAAAAAGAGGAGGAAACGGAAGUUAUGGAGACAGAGGGAGAGGCGUUAGCGGAAGAAGAGGAAGAUGGUGAUGAUGAUGAUGCCGCCGCCGCCGCCGCGCCCGUCGUAGAGACCGAAGAGGAAGAAACUUUGGCGCCGACGCAAGGCGGUGGCAUCGACGAGAGCAUGUUUUCACCACCGCCGCAGAGGCCACCUCAAGAGCAGCAGCAGCAACAACAACAGCAACAACAACAGAAUCCUCCUAAUACGCAACAAAGGCAGCCUCCGCCGUCGACGGUUCAGCGAACGCCAAGAUUUCCCUCGUCGACGCAACAACAACAACAACCGGGCACGCAAGGAAGAGAUUCGAUCAACGCUUCGCUCUUUUCGCCUACGCCGAGACAAACGCCCAGAAAUAUGGGCUUCGCGAGUCCGAGUCCGUUUGUGAAUGCGAAUCCGCCGGCGUCGCAAGGUAGGCACGAUACGGGUUUACACGGCGCGCAACCUCGAUUCACGCCCGCUUCUGGGGCGAGACCGGGGGCCUCGAUGGAUCCAGCGAAUAAUAAUAACAACGCGUUCGCGUCGCUCAAUCCGAGACCGUUCAUGGGACUCACUGAAGAGGAGAUUCAAGACGCUAAAGCUCGCGCGGUAAGAGAUCCAGAUCAAAACGCAGCAGAAGAUUUGCAAAGAGAGCAGGACAGGCAAACGUUUAUUUGGGGAACAGCGAUUAGCGUCGAUGACGUGCAAAACCGAUUUCGUCGUUUCUUGGAGAAUUUCAUCUUGACGAAGAAAGAUAAGCAGGUAAAGGAAGGCGAAGGAGACGACGAAGACGACGAGGGAGGAGAGAGAAAUAACGCGGGCGAUGGUGAAAAAGAUGACGGUACGAACGGAAGCGCGGAGAAGAGAAACGAAGGCGCCAUGGACACUGAUAAUAACAACAACAACAACAACGAAAAAGAUACGGAUGCGAACGCGGGGGAAGAUCUCGACGACAGUCAACGUCUUCUUCUCCCGACGCAAACACAAAGCCAAGACGAAGAGGAUGACGAUGACUUGCUCGCGGAUUCCUUUUACAUUAAAGUCAUGCGUUUAUGUCACGAGAAAGAUAUCAUAAACUUGGACAUUGAUUGUGCGCACUUGGAGAGUUACGACCCCUGGUUGUAUGAAAGGCUCGUUGCGUAUCCGCAAGAAUUGAUUCCGUUGUUUGACACCGUAGCGAAUAAGAUUUACGAGGAUCAAGUGCUUCCGGACGACGAGAAAGAGAAUUUCAGAAAACAAAUCUUACCGAGUUUAGAAGUCAGACCGUUCAACUUGCUCGAAAAGCACGCGAUGAGAGAUUUAAAUCCGUCCGAUAUCGAUAAAAUGGUCGCGGUCAAAGGCAUGGUUACUCGAUGUUCAGCCGUCAUCCCAGAAUUAAAAGGCGCGUACUUCAAAUGUUUAACUUGCGGCGCUUCUCCGGAAAUUGUCGUUGUCAACCGCGGUCGCGUCAAUGAACCGCCUUUGAAAUGUUUAGAGUGCCGCAAUCAAGGUACGAUGACGCUCAUUCACAACCGAUGUUACUUUGCAAACAAGCAACAGGUGAAAAUGCAAGAGACGCCAGACGUGAUUCCGGAAGGUGCGACGCCGAACACGGUGAGCAUGUGCGUGUUCGAUUCCUUAGUAGACGAGGCGAAACCAGGUGACAGAGUUGAAGUGACGGGGGUGUAUCGAGCGGUACCUAUUCGAGUCGCGCCGAACCAACGAGCUAUUCGAUCGAUUUAUAAAACGUAUCUGGAUAUCAUUCACAUUCGCAAAGAUACGAAAGGCAAACUUCGAAACACGGCGAAGAAGGACGAUAACGAAGAUAUGAAAGAUGCAGAGUACAUGAAGACUGGUAGUGGUGACAUGGAGGACGAUCUGAACAUGGGCGCUCAACAACAACAAGAAGAAAACGAUGCGACAAACACGGAAACGAUGGCCUCGAACAUUUCGCCUCGCGGCGACACCGAACUCGAGUUUUCGCCCGAGCGGAUUCGAGAAAUCGAAGAGCUCUCGAGACAUUCAGAUAUUUACGAGCGAUUGGCAAAAUCAGUCGCGCCGUCUAUUUGGGAACUCGAAGAUAUCAAAAAAGGUAUUUUGUGUCAACUCUUUGGCGCGACGAACAAGACGUUUAAAGGCGCAUCGGCGAAUAAAGUGCGAGGCGAUAUCAACAUUUUACUCGUCGGGGAUCCUGGCGUGGCGAAAUCGCAGUUGUUGACGUACGUACACAGAGUCGCGCCACGAGGCAUGUAUACUUCUGGUUCUGGUUCUUCUGCGGUUGGUCUGACCGCAUACGUGUCGAGAGAUCCGGAAACGAAAGACAUGGUGUUAGAAUCUGGCGCUUUAGUCUUAUCCGAUCGAGGCGUGUGUUGCAUCGACGAGUUUGAUAAAAUGGGCGACGGCGCGCGAUCGAUGUUGCACGAAGUCAUGGAGCAACAAACGGUGUCAAUCGCCAAAGCAGGGAUCAUUGCCGUAUUGAAUGCGCGAACAUCUGUUUUGGCGUCCGCGAACCCUGUCGGAAGUAGAUAUAAUCCAAACAUGAGCAUCGUCGAUAACUUACACUUACCGCCGACGUUGUUGUCGAGAUUCGAUUUGCUUUACUUAGUUCUCGAUCAGCCAAACCCAGAAACGGAUCGACGAUUGGCGAGACAUUUAGUCUCUUUGCAUUAUAAAGAUCCGCCGAAGAGAGCGAAAGCGACUGUUUCGGCGGAGUUAUUGACAGAUUACAUCUCGUACGCGAAGCAAGUGUGUCAUCCCGUGCUCGGCGAAGAAGCCGGCGAAGAGCUCGUCGAUGGGUACGUCAAGAUGCGACAAUUGGGAUCAGCCGGAGGGAGGAAAGUCGUCACUGCGACGCCACGACAAUUGGAAUCUUUAGUACGUAUUUCUGAGGCUCUGGCGAGAAUUAGAUUGUCGAAAACCGUAGACAAACAAGACUCUACGGAGGCGCUGCGUUUGAUGCGCGUGGCAAUGCAAAGCGCGGCAAUCGAUCCGAGAACGGGUUUGAUCGACAUGGAUAAGAUCUUGACUGGUCAUUCCGCGGCGGACAGGAAACAGCGUUCAGAUAUUGCCGAAGGGGUGGAUGAUAUUUUACAAGGCAUGCAAGGAAGAAAAGCUCGAUUGAGUGAAAUCGUAUUGAAAUUGAAGGAAAGAAAUGCAUCCAUCGAGAUUUCCGUGCAAGAAGUCCGAGACUCGGCGUUGCUCCUGGCAGAACAAGACAGAGCUAUCGUGAAGGGCGAUUUAGUGCAACUUAUUUAA